CAUGAACACACUGAACGUCUCUAACUGCGGACGGACUGACUCUACCUCUCUACCUCUCGGACAGUGAAUGGAUUAUCACAGACAGUGAGAGCUGAUCAGUAGCCAUGCAGCCUGUGAAAGGUGGCACACACACACUGACAGGAUGAACUGUUUCCUUCUAACUCUGCCUCUCAUGUUCCUCAUUGAUUCUGUGUUCGGCUCCCUCCCCGCUCCGGUCAAUGUUAGCAUGAGCUCUACCGACUUUAACCACUUCCUGCGGUGGGAUCCUGGCCCCGGCACCCCCCCAGGAACGCUGUACAGGAUCUUCCAGAGGGUGAGCAGUACCACAGAGAAUAUAUCACAGACCACAGAUACAUCACUGAGGCUGCAACUUGACAACUACAAGUCAUAUAAACUGACUGUCCAGGCGUACUACAACCAAACCCUCCACAGUCCAGAGUCUAGUAAAGUCAAAUUCAUUCCUUACAAACAAACUAAAAUAAGUCCUCCAAAGCUGUCACUGGCUGGAUGUGGUGACUGCAUCAACGUCAACAUUUCCCUGAACGAGAUGGUCCAGAUUAUUCACCGUCCCCAAUUUAAAGUCCAGUGGUGGAAACGGAACGAACCAAAGAUGCCAGAGCAAAACCAAGCUCCUAAAUCUAACCCAAGUUUCACUCUUCGCAACUUGGAGAAAGGCGUGGAGUACUGUGUGCAGGUGGAACCACAGAGUAUGGCGAACACAAACUAUCGGAAAUCAGCUGUGAGCUGCACCUUCACGAGCAUCGUGGAACCGCAGAGAGUCUAUGUUAUUUUAGGUGCAGUUGCUGGUACUGUGGUUUUUGCAAUCGGUGCCCUUACGAGCUUAAUACUUUGCCUCCAAUACACCGGAUUCCUGUGUAAACUGAAGGCGACUCUGCCCAGAGCACUGACUGCAGUAAGAAACUCGACUCUUCUCUCCGGCAAAAUCCUGACUCUGGAUCAGACGAUCCCUGACCUGAUCUCUGUCAGCUCGGAGAGUAGAAACCCCACAGUGCCUCUUCCUGUCCCCAAGUCCACUAGCACAGGGGAGGAGAUAGAAGAAGAAGAAGAUGAUGAAGAGGAAGAAGAUGGAGACGGAGAGAAAAACCCCUACAUGGACAGAGACGGUGGACUAUCCUCGGGGGAAAAUUCCCACCAGGACAGUCGGGAUGUGUCGGCCAACAGCGCGCUGGCUUCACCGCUGAGGCUGGAGGAAGCAGACGUUGAGUUUAAUCCAUAUGAGGGUAAAGAUAGAGGAGAGAAGGUUUCUGUUGUGUCUGAGACGCGUCAAACUGGAGUCCAGGGACAUGGCUCAGGUCAGAAGGAAGAGGAGGAAGAGGAGGAGGAGAUGAAGGAGGAGGCAUGCCACAACUUGAGCAAUAUCAACCUGUUCUCAGUCACCCUCGCAGCGCUGGCUGUAGGUGAGGAAGAGGAGGAGGACUUGUUGGAACUCUCUGAUCUGAAGCCUCUCCUGCUGACAGACUCGCACACACAUGACGAGUCACGUGAUCGGACAACUGCGGCAUUUAAAGGCGUUAACGAGAGCGGAUACGAGGGCAGAGCUGCUCGCUCUUCAUUCGGCUGCCUCAAAGACUCUGAUGGGGAGACGCAAGAGGAGGAAGAGGAAGAGGAUGAAUGCUCAGGAUAUAUGGGACGCACGUGAUUAAUGCUCUGAUGAGUGUGUGUGUGUGAUAUAGGAAGGUAUUGAUUAUGGCGUUUAUGAAAGAAAGGAAAACUGAAAUAUUUAAAGAUCACCUCCAGACAUGUUUGAACCCUUCGUAGGUCUGCUCAACCGUCACUUUGUGUCAUGAUAUCUGCUCAAAACCUAAAUCUAUUGAACC